AUCGACACGAGCACAGCCGAGUCGCAGCCCCAAACGGGAAGAAGAUAUGCCAUCGCCAAGCGUCGCUCGUUCCUUUCGACCCUGAAAUUUAUUUCUCGCUGCUCCCCAGCUUGGUUUCUCUUUUCACUCUCCUCUGACAAUGUGACGACGCGGGUGGGAUCUCAAUCCCACAGCCAUGUUCUCCCGAACCUCCGAGACGACCGAUAGCGAAGAACUCGGUGAAAAACCUAGGUUCUUGGGAAGCCUAUCAUCAUGGCGCUCAUUCUCCACGAAACUCUCGUCGACAACCUCCUCCGAAACAGCCCCUGCCCACGGCCGCCUCUGGAUAAAAGGCGUCGUAAUCUGCUCAUGGGUAAUGGGCUCCGUCCUGGUCAUCAACACGAUCCUCACAAUCAUCGCCGCGGGCCUCGCAUACGGCGGCAACAAUGCGCAAAACUUCUCCUUCGCCUCAAUGUACAAGGGGAAAUGCUCGACGGCGAAGAACUGGUCCACGGGGAUGCAUCUCGUCAUCAACAUACUCAGCACGCUGAUGCUCGGCGCGAGUAACUACUGCAUGCAGUGCCUGGCGUCGCCGUCGCGGGCGCAGGUGGAUGAGGAGCAUGCGAAGAGGAUUUGGGUGAGGAUUGGGGUGCCGAAUAUUUGGAGUUUGCUUAGUCGGCAGAGGGGGAAGAGGCAGGUGCUGGGGUGGAUCUUGCUGGUUACUUCGGCGCCGAUUCAUUUGAUAUACAACUCCGCGUUUUAUGUGUCUCUUAGCCCGAUCAAGUACCAAGUCGCCGUGGGUAAUGGCGGGGCACUCGACGAGAAUGCCACGCAGGACUUCAAAGAUUGCAUGUUGGAGAACGCGGACGUUGGCUUUGGGGCGUACAAUAACGCGGUGAAUGACGGGAGUUUCGAGCUGCUCUCGAUGCAAGAUUGUGUCGACACAUUCGCGCAAGACUUUGCAUCGACACAUCGGCUGGUAGUCCUGGUGACCAACAAAUCGAUGCUCGAAGAGGAGCCGCUGGCCUGGUACGACAGGGGAAACUACAUGUCGUUCAACGACAAGAGCGGCAGCAAGUUCAGCUGGCUGUGCAACGGCGACUACAACUGCGACAAGGAAAUGGCGGAGGAUUUCAUCGGGAACCUGUCAGUCCGGCCGUACAAGUGGUCAACCCAGAAAAUAUUCCUGCGGAUCCCAACGAAUGACAGCUUCUACGAGGCCUCCGGUUAUUUCUAUCCUGGCGAGCGAGGCAUUCCCGAUACGUAUGACUAUUGGCACCUCGAGGAUAUCAUGGAGCAGUAUCCGACGACGGAGCGCUUGCAAGCUGAGCUCGAUGACCCUUCUGGGUGGGAGAAUGCUUCGUUUCCAGGCAGCGUGACGAUACUUGGCCACGAGGCCCGGUGCGUCAACAACCCACUGGACAUCAACUUGCUUCCGGAGUCGUACCCUGUCGACCACUGCAUGGCGCUUCGAGCAGAGGAGACAUGCCAGCUGUUCUUCAGCCCGCCCAUCUGUCUGGUUGUGCUUGGCUGCAACCUGAUCAAGCUGCUAUGCACCCUUUUUACCGCGCGAGAUGAUAGAGAGGAGGUCUUUUUGACGAUCGGAGAUGCGAUCGCGUCGUUCCUGACGAGACCUGAUGGCACUACCAAAGGGGCCUGUUUGCUAUCGAAGCCGUUGAUUGGCAAGUUGACUCAUGGUUGGGAUAGAAAGCGCAGCAAACUCCGCUCGAUCCCACGAGAUGUUGUCUACGGGGAUCUGCCGCUGCGGCUGCCCGCUCCAAAACGCUGGUUCCAGGCCGUAAGCACCGAGCGUUGGCUUUGUACAAUGCUCCUCUUCGCCGGCAUGCUCACGCCAACUGGCUACCUUCUCUGGGUGGGAAUAGCCGACUUCCAACGCUCCUACGGGACGCACACAAUCUGGGACAACGGGCUGGGCCAAGUCACCACAGGCAGCAUCCUCGGCGGGCUCAGCACAAGCCCAAGCACAAACGGCAUCUUCCGCAUGGUCCUGCUAGCAAACACACCGCAACUCCUCAUCUCCUUCGCCUACUUCAUGUACAACGCCCUGCUCACCAUCAUGCUCGGCGCGGUAGAGUACGACAGGUACGGCCUAACCCGCAAACCGCUGCGUGUGUCGUGGCCUCGUGGCGCGCAGCGCUCAACGUAUUACCUCUCGCUUCCGUAUCGAUAUAGUCUCCCGCUCCUGGCUGUCUCGGCGCUCCUGCAUUGGUUCGUCUCACAGGCGUUCUUCUUCGUUGAUAUUAUCCCGUUCGAGGCAAAUGGCGAGCCGUAUACGCAAGGGGAGGUCGUAACCUGUGGAUACAACCCCGUGGCGAUUAUCUUCGGGAUUGUUAUCGGGGGAGCCAUGCCCGUUGUCGCGAUUUUGCUUGGUCUGCGACGGUUCCGGUCAAGGAUGCCGCUGGCGGCGCAGUGUAGUGCGGCGAUCAGUGCGGCUUGUCAUCCGAUGACUUCAGCCGAGGUUGUCGCUGCGAAUGGAGUGGAUGACCCUGCGGUUAAGCCGGUUAUGUGGGGGGAGUUGCCCGGGGUGUAUACCUCGCCUAGUCCGUUGGGGUUUGAGAAUCGGGUUAGUGAUUCGGAGGGGCAGUUGAGUGGGAGUGAGGAUAGGAGGGAGAUGUUGCCCAGAUCGCAUUUUGAACACUCCCCGCUGGAAUCGGGGUACUAUCAUUGUUCAUUCACCUCGGACGAGGUGGUUGAGCCGAGUACGUCACGACUUUAUGUAUAAUGCUUUGCUAUAGGAUAAUGGCGAAAUACUGGGGCUCUUUAGAUAUCUGUUGGUGUUGUUCAAGAGUUCAUACUUAUAAUUAUACAGAUAUCUUCAUUCCUGCCUAUCCCAGGACAUUACCUAUAAUUUGAUAUAUAUCUGGCCAUUUUCGUACCACUAGUCAGUUCCCUUUGACCUCUACGCGCCAGACCAACUACAACUUGGCCUCAUUCCUCCACCCUGGCAUAUCCGCCAGAUCCUUCGCAGGCGCCGCCCGUCUCGACUUGAGCGCAUCGCCCCCAGGCCUCCACCGCCACUCGUGCGCAAGCUCGGGGCUCAGCGUCCCCUCCAGCAGCUCGACGAUGUGUUUCCCGAUACUCGGGAGGAGCUUGAAGCUGUGACUGUGCGAUUAUUAGCCACCAUCUACGGGCAACAUAAGACAGAAAAUAGCAUACCCACUAUCCCCGGUGGCGAGAUAAAACCCCUUCCAUUUCGGAUACUCGCAAACGAGCAGGUUCGCAUCCGCCGUAUCCGUGCACCAGCACAUGGAGCGGUUAAACAGUUCCUUGUUCGUGAAUUUUGGUAGGAACCGCGCGAUCGCUUUCCGGAUCGUCACCUCCGACGCGUCGGGGUAUGUAUCUGUGGGGUGCUUUGCGUGCGAUCGGGGGACUGAGAUCCGCUUUGGGCUUGUAGCGCCGAAGGGCUUGUGAGAUUUGAAGUGGGUGAAGCCGGGGAAUUCGUCGCAAAUUUUUAUUAUGCCGUUC